GGGCGAACAAACGUCAACCUGUUGUUUGUCCCGUCACCAUUUAUCAACUCCCAGCACCACAAGGAAGUGCGGCACCCACACGCGCUCAGAAAGUUCAGCAUGCAGGAAGUUUGGGAGAGCUAGGCGAUUAGCACAGCGGACGGGCCGUCGCUGGGCGAGCGCAGGCGGCAGAAGCGCGGCGCGGCGCGGCGUGGCGUCAGUCCCCGGAGCUUUCGUAUUUCUCUUGGAGCUGCGGUGUCCCUCGGUCGCUGAUCCCAAUGCACCGGCUCAUCCUCGUCUACACUCUAGUCUGCGCAAACUUUUGCAGCUAUCGGGACACUUCUGCAGCUCUACAGGGCGCCUCCAUCAAAGCUUUGCGCAACGCCAACCUCAGACGAGAUGAGAGCAAUCACCUCACAGACUUGUACCGAAGAGACGAAACCAUCCAGGUGACAGGAAAUGGCCAUGUGCAGAGUCCACGCUUCCCAAACAGCUACCCCAGGAACCUGCUUCUGACAUGGCGGCUCCAUUCCCAGGAGAAAACAAGGAUACAGCUAGCCUUUGACAAUCAGUUUGGAUUAGAGGAAGCAGAAAAUGAUAUCUGUAGGUAUGAUUUUGUGGAAGUUGAAGAUAUAUCUGAAACCAGUACCAUUAUUAGAGGACGAUGGUGUGGACACAAGGAAGUUCCUCCAAGGAUAACAUCAAGGACAAACCAAAUUAAAAUAACAUUUAAGUCUGAUGACUACUUUGUGGCUAAACCUGGAUUCAAGAUUUAUUAUUCUUUUGUGGAAGAUUUCCAACCCGCAGCAGCCUCAGAGACCAACUGGGAGUCAGUCACAAGCUCUAUCUCAGGAGUAUCCUAUAACUCUGCAUCUGUCACGGACCCUACUCUCACUGCGGAUGCUCUGGACAGAACAAUUGCACAAUUUGAUACUGUGGAAGAUCUGCUCAAGCACUUCAGUCCUGAAUCAUGGCAAGAAGAUCUUGAGAAUCUGUAUUUGGACACCCCUCAUUAUCGAGGCAGAUCAUACCAUGACAGGAAGUCAAAAGUUGACCUGGACAGGCUCAACGAUGAUGUCAAGCGUUACAGUUGCACUCCCAGGAAUUACUCGGUAAACUUAAGAGAGGAGCUGAAGCUGACCAACGCUGUCUUCUUUCCACGUUGUCUCCUUGUACAGCGCUGUGGAGGAAACUGUGGCUGUGGGACUGUCAACUGGAAGUCCUGCAAGUGCAAUUCAGGGAAAACUGUGAAAAAGUAUCACGAGGUAUUAAAGUUUGAGCCUGGCCAUUUCAGGAGGAGGGGCAGAUCGAAUAGAUCGAAUUACAUGGCUCUCGUUGACAUCCAGCUGGAUCACCAUGAGCGGUGCGACUGUAUCUGCAGCUCCAGACCACCUCGAUAAAUGAAUGUGCACAUACAUUAAGCAUGAAAGAUCUUUUAGUUUAAGGAGGGUGUGGUAAGAGAUCCUUUUCCCGCCAGCAAACGAACUUACCAUUAGACUGCAAAGCAAUAAAUACAAGUGGUCACUGAGUUUCAGCCUAGCUUUGUUAGUGCCAUGGCAAAUAGAAAGUUGUAUCAUCAACCUCUAUAUCCAAAAAUAUAGGAUUGCAUUUAAUAAUAGCAUCUGAGGAUAUAUCCAUGUCUCUCUGUAAACAGAUCAAGUGGUUUAUCAGUAUAUAUAACCAGGUACACCACAGCUUACAAUAAGUUUGAGUCAUUUAGAUCCUUAACAUCUUUUGAUAAAGUAAGAGACAUAUUAAAUACAUGAGACAUGUCUUUGGAAUAUUUGGAAGAUUAAUUUAUUUUUAAAUUUUGAGUCACAAAACAAUUUUGGAUCUUUCUCGUUUAAAGAAAGCACCUUAUACAUUAAAAAUCAAUAGAUGAGCUUUUUUAUAGAUACAUCUUAAUUCUAAAAAAAGGAAAGACAUGGUUUCUA